AUGCGAGAGCUCACCUCUGAAGAAAUCAAAAAACUGGUCGAAUUGACUUUAAAGGCUAAGGAAUUCGCUUAUUGUCCCUAUUCUAAUUUUCGUGUCGGCUCAACAGUUUUCGGUGAAAAUGGAAUUUAUUAUACAGGCGCUAAUGUUGAAAAUGCCUCCUACAGUGGUGCCAUCUGUGCAGAACGCGUCGCAAUUACUAAAGCGGUCAGCGAAGGGCAAAAAAAAUUUAUUGCGAUAGGUGUAUGCACCGACGUUUCAGGAGAAUUUACAAAACCUUGUGGCAUAUGUCGACAAUUUAUGACGGAAUUCGCAACUGAUCUUCCAAUUUACCUCAUUCAACCAGAUGGAUCUUAUAUUGUUGAUAAUUUAAAAAACUUAUUCCCUGAUCCUUUUAAAGUAAAAAUUCUUAAACUUGAACAGCAUUAA